UUUUUCUUCUUAUUCACAGACUUUGAACCUGAAGGUGUCUCUGAUUGGUCUUUUGAUGAAAAUUGUCUUUUCUGCUGUUUGAGAAGAGAAAAAGUGAAGGAACAGUUCGUCAGUCUGGAUGAUCCAGCAUUGGAAGUUGGGCAGCACGCUCUGCUUAAACAAGAGCAAACAAAGAUCAUUUGGUUUGAGAGGCAAGCGGAAGAAUUCCUUCAUGAAGUCUUUUAUCGAAAAGAUAGUCCCAGGGUCUCAGACCCCAACAUUUCCUUAGUGGCCCGCGAGAUCAUGCAGCGGAUGAUCCGACAAUUUGCUGCUGAAUAUACCUCAAAAACUAGCUCUACUCAGGACUCCAGUUCGCCCAAUAGCACAAAGAACCAAAGCCUGCUGAAAGCAUCUCCGGUUGCCUCAUCCACUGCAGGUGCAAGAGCUCAAAAUCCCGUGCUCAGCAAACUUCUCAUGGCUGACCAGGACUCACCCUUGGACCUCACUGUCAGAAAGUCACAGUUGGACUCUAGUGAACAAGACGGAGUGCUUGAUCUGUCCACUAAGAAAAGUCCUUGUGCAGGCAAUGCCUCCUUGAGCCAUUCACCUGGCUGCUCUGCUACUCCUGGGAAUGGGCGACCUGGGAGACCCAGCCAGCACCAUGCAGAGGGACUUCGGAGUGGUGAUGGGGUACCCCCAAGAAGCUGGCAGGAUGGAACGAGGGAAGGGUCUGGCCACUCCACAUCUCUCAAAGUUCCAUUGGCUCGAUCACUGCAGAUAAGUGAAGAACUGCUGAGCAGAAACCAGCAUGCUACCGCUGCCAGCCAUGGGCCAUCUGGGUUGCAGAAUCACGGACAGCACAUGAUACUAUCCAGGGAGGCUUCUUGGGCAAAACCACACUACGAAUUCAACUUUACCCGAAUGAAAUUCAGGGGAAAUGGUGCACUCCACAACAUUAGUGACCUUCCUUUUCUUACAGAAAACUCUGCUUUUCAAAAAAUGGCACUUCAAACUAAACAGGAUGGGAAAAAGGACAUGAGCCAUUCAACUCCUGUGGAUUUAAAGAUACCACAAGUUCGAGGCAUGGACCUUUCAUGGGAAUCCCGUUCUGGUGACCAGUAUAGCUAUAGCUCUUUGGUGAUGGGUUCACAAACGGAGAGCGCGCUUAGUAAAAAGUUAAGGGCUAUCCUUCCGAAACAAAAUAGGAGGAGCUUGCUGGAUCCUGGACCAGAUUCCUGGGGCUCAGAUGCUGAGCAAUCUACCUCUGGACAGCCAUAUUCCACCUCUGAUCAGGAGGGUGAUCCUGGCUCUAAGCAACCUCGGAAGAAAAGAGGCAGAUACAGACAAUACAACAGUGAGAUAUUGGAGGAAGCGAUUUCUGUGGUGAUGAAUGGGAAAAUGAGCGUUUCCAAAGCUCAGAGUAUUUAUGGGAUUCCCCACAGCACCCUGGAGUAUAAAGUGAAAGAGAGGCUGGGCACUUUGAAAAACCCUCCAAAGAAAAAAAUGAAAUUAAUGCGUUCGGAGGGACAGGAUGUCUCUGUAAAGCUUGAGAUAGAUCCCCAGGGAGAGGCAGCACACAGUGCAAAUGAGUCAAAGGACGAUUAUGAGGGGACAGCAGAGGCAGUAGCAAUAGAUUCUCUUGGCCAGCCGAAAUCUCCAUUGGAAAAAAUUAUGGUCAGACUGUGCACAUACCACCAGAAACACUUCGUCCGUGUCCUGAAUGACAUCUGCACUGAAGUACAAACAGGCUAUGAGGGCCAGCAGUUAUCUGGACCUGAAAAUAUGGAUGUGUCUACUUGUAGUUCAGGGUGCAGCCAAUAUCAUAUUGAGAACCAGGAGCGUGGAACCUCUUGCUCUGAGUCAAAACUUCCUCUGUUGCUGGAUGCAGAACCAUCAGAGGCCCGUGGUUCUUUGAGAAUACUAUGCCAUGCACUGAAACAUGCUUCAGAACUGAAAUCUACAGACAGAAGAGAAAACCUCAGUUCUAUUGUCAGAAGAGACUUCCCUGAGCUUCCAACUAUUAGAACAACUUCUAUAAGUCCCAGAGAUAGUCCCACCCAAGGGUACCUCACUGCCUCCAAUACCCAUCACUCUAUUAAAAAUCUGGAAGGGCAGACCUCCGCUACUGAGCAAGAGAUGGGGGUUAGGAAAGGUGAAGAUGACAAAGAUCAGGUGCAAAGUAGAGGUUUACAGGGAGGCUAUGUAGCUGUGAAAGCAACAAAUGUACACAUUAAUGAGGAGAUUUUAGAGAAUAGGGUAGGUUCUUUGAAGAACCCUUUCAAAGCUUUCUCAGAGGAAACUCGAGAGCCAGCUUUCACCACUAGCUCUCCACGGAGAGCAGACAAAGAGAAUGCCUUGCAGUGCAGCUCCAAAGCCUCUGUGUACCAGGAUACUGAAAUCAAUGACCAAGAAACAAGAUCAAAGGUAGAGAAUCACUAUCUGGCUUCAGGGAAAAGCAAGGGAGGCUGCCACAUGCAUCCUGUUGACAAGACUCAUGUGGAGAAUGCCAAAGACAUUUGGCUGCCUAUUAAUUCCAUGCCAACAGUGCACCACAAAACCACCAAUGGGCACUCCCGGGUCAAGAGUAUUUCAGCUUCUGCUAAAAGUACACGUAAAAGCAAGAAGUCUUCAGGGCUAAGAAUAAAUGACUAUGAUAAUCAAUAUGAUGUUGUCUAUAUUAGCCAACCAAUUACAGAAUGUCACUAUGAGAAUAAAAAGACAGUAUCAGCAAGAAAGACAGCAAGGAAGAGCACUCGUGGAUAUUACUACAAUGGUGAGUGUUGUGAGCUUCCUACUAUUCGCACCUUGGCCAAGACUUCGCAUUCACAGGAGAAUGGGAACACCCUGGAAACAAGGCCUGAGGUGCUAACAAGUCCUAUCCAGGGCACUGUUCUUCCAAGUGGCAGCUAUUUGGCUGCAGCUGAACCUGUGGGUAGCAAUGAUGAUCAAAGAUCUUCCACAACGGCCCCUAUUCAAGAAGAUUCCUUCAACGAAAUAAGACCUGAACAAUGCUAUUAUGAAAGCAUCUCUUCUGAGGUCAAUGUCCUGAAACAGAGAGAGGUUAGUCUUGCUGAAGAAGCUACCAUGCCUGUUUCUCUACUUCCCUGCCCUAUUUUUCAUUCAGAUAAAGACAGCUUGUUGGUGUCUUCACUGGAGACCAUGACUGUCUCUUUUCCUCAACAGAAUGAAGGGGACUUGCAAGACAGUACUAGCAUGCUGGAGGCACAUAGCUCUGGCUCUGAUUCUUAUAACUGUAAUAGACCUAAAGAAAAUAGUGACAGUAUAGCAGACUCUGUUGUACAUUCUGUCUCAGAAGCUGCUAAUGAUAAAACAGCUUCUCUGUUCUUGGGAAAUGUGACUAUCCCAGAACCGCCAAUUUUGAUAGAACCAGAACCCCAUAUUAGCAUGGAUCUGUUGAUGCCUGAAGUAUCUGCCAAUAGCAUGGACUUGUUGCCUCCACUAGAUGAGCCUGCUUCUGUUAUAAAUGUAUCACCAUCUAUAGAACCCCCACUACUUUCCCCUAUAGACUUGGCAGAACCCUCAGUAGUACCACCUGCUCUAGAUGUUCUGGAACCUUGUAUGACAUUUCCUUCAGAGAUUCCCUAUAUUCCCAACAGUGUAUCACCUGUGCAGCUUGUUGCCAGCCCAAGGAGUAUGUCUCCUGUAAUUCAUCCUACCAGUGGGGUGCCUGAACUUCCUGCUCAUAUUGACCUAGAACUUUCAGAGACUCUUUCUGCAGAACCUUCAGUGGUAGCAACUAUCAAAAUGGAUGUGGAGCUUCCCCAGCUGCUUUCCAAUUUAGAAGCAGCAAAGCUGCCUCUCAGUUUGGAUUGUACUAACACACUCGAAACCAGUGUUGAAAAUUCCCAGAAUUUGAAAGAAGGACUCUCUGUUGAAUGUAAAAAUGUGCUGCCCAUUGUGGAUGCCAAUGAAGAUAAGAGAGAGAAAAAUAUAAAUGAUACAAUAGACAUCAGUGAGACCACCAAGUCUGAUGAGGAAAUGGAGGCUAAUAGUGAAAUUCCAGUAGAGCUCAAAACAUCAGAAAAGGACAAGAAAGAGACUUCUUCCAAAACAAACAUAGACAAAAAACGAAGGCGGGAGAAAAAAACCCACAUUGUUUCAGAUCGCUGUCUUCGAAGCCAGCAGUCUCUGGCGCCUACAGAGGACAGUUCUGAACAACCCUGUUCUUCCAACUCUCUUCAGCUUCCGCAGCUACAGAUAAAGCUUUCUAAAAAUCCUGGUGCUAAGCGUUUUAAGAGAGAGGUACAUCUUGAUGGGGCAACAUCUGUGUGUGUUCCUAAUGACAGACUCCAUCACACACUGCUAAAUGACAGUAGCAAAUCUAUUGAACAGCAGGCAGAUGAGGGAAAUGACAUCACAAUAAGGCAGACCUAUAAGAAACUGAUGGCAAAGGAAUCUGUAAUAGAAGGAAGCCAGAAUGGAGAAGAUAACAAAGAUAAGCCAGCAGCAAUGCUUGAAAUUUGCUUAGAAGCCAGUUCUGACAAGAGAAGUGUUCAUGUUCCAACAGAGAUGUCUGAUAAGACCAAAAAGCAGAUAGAUUUAAAGCCAGAAAGUUUAGAGAAUUCUGACAGUCCUAUGAAUAUUAUUGAAGUAUUGUCCAACCAGCAUGAAGCAAGUAGCUUCACAUGUCCUAGUAGCAAGCAUGUACGGCCAGAGAAGACAAUGAAAUGCAAGAAACCAGCCCUACAGUUCUAUAACUUGAGACACACUCCUACUACAUCUCAUGUGGUCACUGCCACAAAAAAUACAUCAGAAAAAACAAUUGUACAAGCAAACUCUGAUAUCAUGACCACAUCAGCAGAUCCUGUUGUCGCAGAUGAACCAAAUGCAAAAAAUGAAAACUCUGUUGAUUUUAACAGCAUAAAAGUACUUUCUGACAAGCCCAGAUUUGUGGAAUGGUGUGCUGAGGAAGACAACCAAGAGCUCAUCACUAACUUUAAUGCCCAUUAUAUGAAGAUUCAGAAAGGCUGGAUUCAGCUGGAGAAGGAGGCUCAGCCAGCUCCAAAGGUCAAGAAUAAAUCUGACAAGUUGAAAGAGAUUUGGAAAAGCAAGAAGAGGACUCGAAAAUUUAAAGGAUCCACUGACGUCCAGAAAUUGUCCCCUGUUCAGAUGCUUUUCAUGAAGAGUUUUGAUAUAUCCAAUAUCUGUAAAUGGUUUAUGGAGACAACUGAAACCAAAUCUCUGGUCAUUGUGAAGAAGCUGAACACACGUAUUCCAGGAGACAUUCCUCUCAUGAAGCUUCCACUCCAGAAGGGUUGUUCUUCUGGCAUCUAUCCCAGUUCUCUCCAAGCAGAGCGUCUAAAGAAACACUUAAAGAAGUUUGCUGCUAUGACCCCAGCAAAAAAUACUAUAAAGAUUCAAAAGCUGUGGACCAGACUUCGAGAGAAUAGUGAUCAGACUGAGUCAGAGCAGAUUGUCAGUCCAAAGGAGACAUCUCCCUCUGAAGUCAGCUUGGCACAAUGUAUUGGACCCAAGAGCAUCCAGCCUUCUCCUAGCAUGCCGGUGCAGACUAGCUCACGGAUCUUGAGGAAAUAUUCCAACUUGAGAGGCAAACUUCAUGGAUUCCAUAGAGUGGUCAAACAGGAGAGGCAUGACUCUGUGUCCAAGCACCUCUUGGCCGAAAGCAAUUCAAGCAACAAGAGCAUGUGCAUUAAACCCUUGAUGUCCCCCAAGUUGGCCCAGCAAGUGAAAGCCAUCCAACUUCCUACUAAAACCACUCUGAUUGAAAAAAGAGGAAAGGGGAGAAAAGGGAAAGGAAAGUUACAGGAGGACACCUCCACUAAAGGCAACCUUCAGCAAAGCAAAAAGAAGACACCAAAUGAGAAUAUCAGGACGCUGGCCCUGGGGCAGUUGAGUCCUUCAAGCAAGGAAAGAAUUUCUUUUAAGAAAGUCAGUAAAGUGAAGCAAGUGGGAGCUCCAGCUACUAGAAAGCAGACAGCAGCAGGAAGAAAUAGUAAGCACACCUCUCAGAAUGAGAAGUCAAAGAAACUAAUUGACUCACAAGCUGGGAAAAAAAAGGCUCCCACCCACAUGGGGAAAGCCAAUACCAGUCAAAAGGCCAGCCUGCUCUCUAAGCAGCAAGGGCUUAUAAAGGCUCUAAAGGAGAAAAUGGUGCGAGAUCCCCCCAAUCAGUCUCUUAAAAAGGCAAGCAGUGAGAAAGCUCUCACCAGGUCAGUGAAACGAAUUCAGGGGAACAAAACUCGGAGCAAGAGGAAGCUGAGGGCAAAGAAAGAACCUUCUCCCAGCAAACGCAGGCGACUGGAUGCAAAGUAGCAACGUCUUGGGUAGGAAGGGUGUCAUAGAAACUCUUCCUCUUUCUUUCGGUAGUUCCACUGCUGAACAGGGAGGGAGGGAGGGGUGUUUGGGUAUGGCUAAAGGCCAACUCCCUCUUGCUUUUUAAGGAGCCUUCGAUUUGUGUUGCAUCCAGAGAGGAGCACCAUUUUUCUAAAUCACAGAGAAAGAAAAGUUGAAAGUUCCUGGAGUUGAACUGGAAGCAUGACGGUUUCAGUUCAAAGUACAGUGCCUUAUUUAUCAUUUUAGGAAACAAAUAAAUUUGUCUGCUUGAUUUGAAGCUAGCAGUUUAUGGGUUAAUGCACAUGCACUUGUACUGUAAUGGAAAGAGAACCACCUGUCAUGCACAUCCCACAGAGUUUGAUGGCAUGUCUGCUAAGCUUCAGACAGGAACGUUUCCUUCCUUUUGUGCAUUGUAGCAUACUGACACUGUUUAAUUUGAGCAGGGCAUUAUGAAGCCUAAACCCAAAGCUGUUUCCUCUAAUUACAUUCUUCACUAGCAGGUCAUAAUGAUGGAUUUUAUAAUUAAGUUAUUAAUAAUUACCUAUGUGAUGUAACUUUGGGCUUUAGGAUUUGGCUAUAAGCUAGCCAGGUUUUGUGUCAAAAAGAUCUUUUUAUGUUUUCAGUGAUGAUCAGCCAUGCUUGGCCUACCCAAGAAACUAGUCUUGUUGGAUGAAUGGAAAAUGUUACUCUAAGUAGAGAUUGCUUGCCUCAUGGAACUUUGCUCUAUACCUUAAACACCUUAAAGGCUACAUUUUAAAAUGCUGCCUCAAUUUCUGUUGGAGUAGUUCUGAAAUGUAUUUAUCCCAACAUUCCUGGGGUGGUUUUUUUUGGGGGGGGGGAAAUCCCUGUUUAAAAUACUCCUGAAUUCAUAGGCAUAUUAUGAUGCUAAAAUGAAGUGUAUGGAUCUCAAGAAAAAAGUAUCUGUAAAGAAAAAGCAUUGGAAGAUGCUCUUGUCAGAGAUCUUUCGUUGCUGAAGAUUUUUUUAAAAUAUCUUUAAACUAUGAAGUUGCUGUAAGUUCCUUUUCCAUAGAGUUCUUCAGGUAUCUGAAGGCUUUUUAAAAAGUAAAAACAUGAUAAUGCUGGUUGUGAAUAAAGUAGCAGCUGGAACUUUCUGGUACUUUCACAAAUAUAUGGGUUGCAACUUAACAUGAACUAAAUUUCUCUCUGCCUCCCCCCCAAGAAGAGUGUAGGCUCACCCAUUAUUCAUUAACUUUAUAUGCAAUAGUCACUUUUCCAGUUCAGACAUUUGUUUUGGAUCAAAUCAGAGGGAAAGCAAUGUUUUCUCAAAGAAAACACCCUGUCUUGUGCUGCUCAUUUGGGGGGUAACAGUAACUCCUUUUGCUCUGAGACUAGAGAGAAAAGGUAAGGACCAGCUUUUUAUUUUAUUUUUGUAGCUCUCGCUAAGCCACAACAAAGGUCUAGAUCAGGGGUAGGCAAUCUCGGCCUUUAUGACUCAUGGACUUCAACUCCCAGAAUUCCUGAGCCAGCAUAGCUGGCUCAGGAAUUCUGGGAGUUGAAGUCCACGUGUCAUAAAAGAGCCGAGGUUGCCUACCCCUGGCCUAGAUAAUUGCUUAGAAACUUGUGCAGACCUCCUCAGGUUUGCCAUGUUUGACUCCUGAGAGCUUCCUGGGAAGGCCUUCAGAUAGUUUGACCUUUCAGAAUAGCUUGCCAUGGAUACCAGAUGAGAACAACAAACUCAAACAUCUUUAUGCAUUAUUGUAUUAACUGGCCUGAACCAGCCUUUCCAGGCGGUGAGGGGGUUAUUGAAUAUAAGGGGGAAAAAACACUUUUGGGGGGAAUGAAUGUGUGAGGAAAUUGAUUUUUUUUUUAAAGGAUAGAGAGUACGUUAGCAUUUGUACUCUUAUACCAAAGCUCAUUACUGCAGGCAGAAAAUUGAUAACUAGCUGUUGUAAAGUUUCUCAUUGAUCAAGGAAAUUGGAAUUUGGUGUCUGAAAAUAUGAAGCCCUGUUGCUCACCCUCUUAUCCAAGGGUGACUUGAGAGGGUGCCCUAAAGCUACAAGACAUAUCAGGGUGGACCCAUUUUAUAUAAUAUUUUAAAAUGACUUGAUUUUUAACUUCUCUUUUCAUUUAAAUCACGAUGUAUAAAAUUAAUUGUCAUAGGCAUCAGGUUAGGCUUAAUGUUCUCUGUAAAGAUUCAUAUGAAUUUGUCUGGUUGCUAUUUUAAUUGUAAAUAUCAAAUGUGCUAGACAUUCCACCAGGAGUAUUAAAAAUAUUUAAGGUAAUGUGUGAGCACAUGUAUGUGUAUGGUGAUGGCAAGGGGUUGCAAAAAUCUUUCCCCCCCCCCAACUUUACAUUAUUACAUUCAGAUAUGCAUAAAACUUCCUGCUCCCUCUGCCCAGGGCUGCUUCCUAACCAACUGCUGGGUAGUUGGGGCAUCUUUGGUACAUCACUUCAAGAUAAGUGAUUCUGAUUUAGAUCUCUGCUAAUAAAAUCUUUCUACCACCUGUGCUGUCCCAGUUCUUGUGUGGUCUGGAGUCUGAAAUGUUCCUUGUGUUAGCAUUAUGUAACAUGUUUCAGCUUCAAAUCUGUCCUGUUUUGCUGCACAUACAAAGUUGCAUAACUCUGAGAAAUCCAUCGGUUGCCAGGCCCAGAGUUGCUGAUAGUUUUAGUUCAGCUUCUUACUAUUUUUGGAGAAGGCCAUGCCAUCCCAUACUUGAGUGCUCUUGGCUACCAACUGGACAUGCCUUUUCUAUGUAUACAAUCAAAAUAUUAGGAAAGAAGAGAUUAACCAAGCAGUUCAAAACAGUUUAGGUACUUUUUUUUAAAUAUAUGCAACUUGGUAUAGAGAGCUAACAAGUCUUGAGAUAAAAGAAAACAAAGUGUUAUCUAAUUGGAAGAUGUAGUGCUCUGUUCUUCAGUCCCAGUGACACUCAGUUCAUACCUGGCAGAGAUGCUUAGCCUCUAAUAUUCAAAUACCUUUUUUUAAGAGUUCCUUGGGAUGUCCUUCAAAACACUUCUUUUUGAUAUUCGAGUCUCUUCAUUAAAAUGAACUUCGAAACUUGGCUUGUACUAUUGCUGGGUCAGACUUUUCUUUUAGAAACUACAGAUGUAAUUAUGUGCCUUGCAUUUUACCUUUCCCCCAUCUAAUAGAUAUUAGGUAUGUAAGGUGCAAUUUCAAGUUUGAUUACCAUAGAAAAAAAUCCCCAAACCUGUCCUGUUGUUUGACUUUUAUCAUAUUUGCAUCUUAUCCCUCUUAUUGUGGUCUUUUUCUUUGUCUACAAUUCUUCCGACUGGCAUGCUUCCGUUCUCUCUUAGUAAUCCUAUUCUUUAUCAAACUCUUGAUUCUUUGUGUUUGGGCAUGCUAAUGCAUUCAGUAGUUUCUAGCUUAAACUCAUGUAGUACAUGAAGUGAGGAAUUGUACCUUCACACCUUUGUCCAUAACAGUAACUUCUACAACAAUUGGAGCACUCACUUUUCUCUGUUUAUGGCUUUUUCUUUCAUCCUGUCAAACACAUAUUCUCAACAUGUAUGUGUUUUACUUUGAAAUAAUAAUAAUGAACUGGAAAAAUAAUAAAAUACAAUAGAUCUGCAAAAAGAAGUAGAAUAAUUUUAACAAAAGAAAACAUAGUACCAAUAGUAGUAAGCUCCUUGGGUGCAAUUUCAAAACAUCUGGAGAGCCAUUUGAGGACCAUUGACAUUCACAAAAUCGCAAAAGAUAGUUGUAUAGGUAAUCCUUCACUUACAACUACAGUGGACUGGAACUUUGUUUGUAAGCCAUUAUAGUCAUAAGUUGAGGCACCAACCACCAGAAUUGAUUUUACAACCAUUUUUUCCAGGUCAUUAAGUGAGUCACCAUGGUCGGUAAAUGAACCAUGUGGCUAUUAAGCAAAGUCAUAAGUGUGAACUCAUUUUAUCUGAUGGGCAUUUUUUGCAUGAAGAUGCAAAGUAAUUGCAAAACAUGAUCAUGGGAACAUGGGACAUGGCAACUGGUUAUAAGUGCAAUCCAUUUGCCAAUGCCUAAAAUGUGAUCAUAUGACUGCAGGGGUGCUGCAUCAAUUGUAACUACUAGGACAAAUAUAAGUAACUUUUUUUUUGAAUCUGUCAUAACUUCAUACAGUUGUUAAGUGACCACUUAUAAAGGACUAACUUUUUUUGGGAACAGGUUAUAUCCUGCAACAGCUCCUUUUAAUAAUAUUAAACAAUAUCUGCCUAUCCCAGAAUACUGCAGAAUACCUAUCUUAGGAUAAUCUCAGGAGUUCCAAAUUUGCAUUGAAAGUAAACUGUUCUCUUCUUUAAAAGCUUGCUUUUUUAGCAGGCUUCCUAAAUAAUUAGAAAUGGAUGGAGUCUGAAUGGUUUUUCUGGCAUGUAUGUAAUCAUUUACAUAAAUAACUUUUUACAUCGCUAUCAAAAGUUUCUAAAUUGUGUACGUGUGUGUUUGCAUUACAUUCGGAUGUAAUGUGAAUAUAUACCUAUAUGUGUGUGUAAUAGAGACAUAUGGGCAUGAUGCUGUGUUUGCACAGCAUCUGGCUAGAGAUUAAAAUGCUUUCCUAGGUGCAGGAUAAAUUCUGCCUUUUCUCCCUAGGUAGUCACAAAAUGGAAGAAUAAUAAUGUAAAUAGAAAUAGUUUUAAAAUAUUUAUUUCCUGUAUUUUGUGCUGACAAGUCUCAGGAGUGCUGUUUGCAAUAUGAUAGAAAGGUAGUGGUAUUUUUUUUUAAAUAAAGGCAUGUUUCAUACUUCAAAUAGCAUUAAACAGAAGAACUGUCAUAUGAUCUGGAAUUUAUGCUGCAAAAUCAAAAUCCUAGAUCUUAACUGAGAUGUAAGCCUGUGCAUGGGCUAAAUAUUUCACACUCAUCAUUAAAUAUUCCUCUAUGUUAAAGCCAGCACCUCUAAUACAUAAAUCUUUAUAUUAAGCAUUAUAAAACCAUUAGAGACUACACUUUGCAUUAGAACAAGUGCUGUGUAUAUAAUAGACAGGAAUUCAGCUAUUAAAAUUCUUAAAACCUUCAGGCUAAAGUGAGAAUAGCACAGGCACAGGCUGACCAUCUCUGUAAAAGCUACAUCAAAUGGACUGAAAGCAUGACAUGGUUUGUUUGUUUUUUGCUUCUAUGGAAGUGACUUGAAAAUUCAACUAUUGAGCACAGUUCUUUGAAAACUGCUUGGUCACGUGCACUUUUAGGCACAGCACUUGAAAGCAAUAAGAAUUCUAGUAAUAAUGUUUCUUGUGAUAAAAUGGCAUAUGGGUGGCCAUAUGCCUGGGUGCACAUAUCUCAGUAAUGCCUGCUUCUCCUCAGUGGUCUUGCCAUCUAAAGAAAGAAACAGCUUAUGUUUCAGUCUUACUCCAUGUUUGGGCAUCAUCGCAGGGAAUCUGGCAACCCAGAAGAAAUGUAUUGAUUGGGGAUAUGGACUCAGGGAUAGUGAAUAAAAGGAGAUUUUAUUAGAAGCUGGGCGGGGGUGGGGUAGCAGUGGCACAUAUGGGGAAUGUUGGGGUGCUUUCUGUCAUUUGCAGCUGAUUGUUGUCAAUUCUUAAUCUCACUCCAAAUCUUCAGAUGCUGGAUUGAGUUUAGGUCCCAUUUUUCUGGGUUCUCUAAAAGUUAUUUUAUUUUAUUUCUUUGGAACAUACUUUUAUGUUCUCUAGUCGCUCUCUCUUAACACUCCUUAGAUCACUCUAUGUUAUUUAGGAUAUCAGUGUCUUUUGUUUGAUAAUUAUUUUGAUGGGAUUGUGUGGACAUUCCUAAGUGUGUGAUUUUCAUGUGCUUUGGGCUGUUGGAAACGCUUGCUCCAUUCUUCUUUCUGGAAAUCUAUUAGUUGCCUGUCUUAAGGCAUAAUCCUAUAUGUAGCUCCUUUCUGCUAAUUCUUGCAUCCACUUUCUGCUAUCCAGAAAUUUAACUCCUGCCUGUAUUUGUUGAUAAUGUCUUCAAUUCUCUUACAAAGUUGCUACAGGAGGUUUAGCAUAGGAAGCAGGAUUCUAACCUUCUGCAAUUAUUUUAUUUUCCAAUAGCGUACGUGAAAGCUUAGGGAGAAAGUUCAAUGAGCCCUUGCAAUGUCUUGCACUCAACAAGCCAAUAAAUGCAUUUGGCAAUUUUACAUUCUAUGCAUUAAUUUAUAUUCCUUUUAUUAUCCACUCAUUGUCUCUUUAUUUCUUUAUCCAAAGCAGUCCUUUCUAUCCCAUCUCAAGAAUCAAUUAUGGGGAUUUUUCCUCCCCAUGUUUGACCAGCCUGAUAUUGUCAUCCAAACCCAAUGUAUGAUAAGUAGUAUUUUGGAAGGGUUUGAUUGUAUAUCCUUCUCUUCUCUUCGGGGCACUGGAAAAUGCUGUGAUGUUAGGAGAAGAAUGUGUCUGUUGUGUAUUGUUGGUUAAAAUGUGUCAUUAGAUAAUGGUUAUAUACCUCAUCUGAAGAACAUUUUAAAUGUAUACAAAAGGUAAUACUCUGUUUCUUUCCAGUAAUUCAUAAACCUAUAACAGUUAGGGCUAUUUUAUCAUGGAAAUUGUAUCAUACUUGUGUGUGUCUGUUAUUUCCUUGACUAAUCAAUGGAAAGUGAUUAUUCCUUUUACCUUUUUUCUGUGCAGCUUUCUUUCUUUUAUGCAUUGUGAUGGACUCUAUGUACUCCAUGGGUCCUUAUUUUAUUGCAGCUUAUUAAACUUUUUAAAAUGUCA